ACAGCUAAAUAAUUCAAUAGAACCCAAUUGUUUUAUAAAAGUUAUCAACGGUUGUCAAAGACACCGAGGGAGUUUCACAAUGGGUAGAAAAACUUUGUGGCCAAACCAGCCGCUCACCCCGACGUCGGCGGUCUCUGUCAUGGUUACGGUCUGUAGAAGCAAACCACACAGCAGCGCCCAUUGCUGAUGAGAGACCAGUCUAGAUGAAUUUAGCAGACAUAGCUCAACAGAAAAUCUGGUUAAUGAUAAAGGUUUAUUUGAGGAGCUAACGCUACCGUUUGUGCUAUUUUUUCUGUACUUAUAUAUUCAAAAGGCCUCCGUAAUAUUCACAGGGGUCGGAUGUGUCUUUCGCCCUUGAGCCUGCCAUUGCUUCUGAAUUACGCAGCCAAUAGGGAAACACCACACACAUUCCGAGAGAGUUCAGAGACAAAAUGUUCACAGGUGAGCAAGGCGACGAUGGCAUUCAUGCUGUAAAAGACGCCGGUUCUUUAGUAGCGGAUACUGGGGGCAGACCCCAAGCCCAAGUCCCCGAUUCUUUGGAUGAUCCGCAGAAGGCGGGGAAGACGCGGAAUGUUCCCAACACUGGGUUACGUGGUAUCGAUGUGCAGCAUACAGUCAUCACACACGGCUUGCAGCACCUGCGCCAUGUCCCCUGUGACAGACCUCCACAUCACAUGACCUGUGGUGAAGGAGUGGAUGGUUUCAUCAGUCUCCACGAUGACAGCGCAAACUUGUGUAGCGUUUGCUUCUACCACACUGAUGGGAGUAUCCGCGGGUCUUCGCCUACCUGCCACACCACUCCUUACCUGGGUCUCACGUCCACCCAGGUCCCUGGCAGAGUGGUGGGCUGGGGCCCUGGAGCCAUUCUGGACCUACUUGAUGGGCAGCUGAGGCCCCUGGCUCAGGCUACGGACCCCCUGGAUGUGAGGACGUGUGUGGCCACAGACAAUCCCACCGAGGUGGUGACAGCGGGGGCUGGGAACGUUUGCCUGUGGUGCCUCAUACACAUGGUGUGUCAGGUGCAGGUAGUGGAGGGGUUGGAGAAGCAGGUGUUUAGCCAGCUAGCCCUGGCUCCUCAAGAUUCCAAGUAUGGCCAUAGGGUGUUUGCUGUCUAUGGGGGCUCAGUGACUGUGGUAGAUCUCAAAAAGGGGAAAAUACUGGAGAGGAAGAACCUACACUAUAGGGAGAUCACUGGAAUAACAUACUGCUCUCAGAUGGACUACUUGGUCACUGCAUCCACAGAUGUGACAAUUAGAGUUUGGGGACCAGACUGGGAGCUCAAAAUUGCAUUUGUGGGUCACACAGCGUUGGUGACAUCCCUGGUGUGCUGUCCUCACACUGGUCUUCUCCUGUCCUGUUCUUUGGAUGCAACUCUGCGCUGCUGGUCUCUGGAGGAGGGGGACCAGGUGCAGAAGAUCAGCGUGAAGGGGACUCACCCCCCUCUGGCUGUAGGUGGCCCGGCCAAAGGGAGCGCCUUCUUCACCUUCUCUAAGGGUGGGGUGGACUUCUGGACCAUCAGUAACCUCUAUCACCCCCACUGCAAGCUUGGUGGAGACCUCUGUGGGCCAGUUCGUCAAAUGAUAGUCUCGCCCUGUCCCCCGCCGUAUCCAGCCCGCGUGCUCUGUGUCCAUGGUGACCGUGACGUGACCCUCAUCGCUGCUGAAACCGGAGCCAUCCUCACAGGGUUAACAGUGGGUUGUAAGGUGCUCUGUGCAGACUACUGUUUGCCAAAAGAGACCAUACUGGUUCUUACUGAAGAUGGGGUUAUGCUAACAGCUAGCGCGCUAACCAAUCCCAUCACUGUGCUUGAUGAGUGGAGUGGGAAGCGCCAACGAUCACGGCAGUGGGAGGAUGGGGAGGGAGACGGGCAGGACUCAGGUCCUGGCCCAGCCUCUUACAUGGUGCUCUACAGCAACCUGACUGAAAGGAAGAGGGCCCUGCAGGAAUGGACAAACCUACAGGAACAGAGAGGCAGGAAAGCCAAGAAACAGAAAUAUGUGGAUGACCCCAAAAACAGGUUUCUGGUGAUGCUGGGACAUUGUGGAGGCUAUGUGACCGUGCUGAAGCUGCACACGCGGAGUGUCCAGUACAGAACACCGGCUCACAAGGGCCAAAAAAUCACUAUCAUGCAAGCUCAUACUAAGAGCAACUUCCUUCUCACAGCAGGUGAAGACAAUUCAGUGCUGGUUUGGAGAGUGUUCCCCUAUGCUGAGGAGUGUCUGAGUCUGCACCUGAGUGUCUCCUGUGGGCAGCCUCCCUUCCACCUGGCCCUGCUGGGGCCCUUGCUGGCCCUUACCUUCCAGGAGCCUGAGAGUGCCACCUACAGCUUGGCCUAUUAUCACAUGGACAACAGGAAACGCUUGGACCACCCACCCAAACAGGACCACUUAGGCUGCAUCACUGGUCUCUCUGUUAAUCGUCAGCUCCGAGUGUUUGCUUCCUCUAGCGAGGAUGGGACUGUGCGAGUCUGGGAUGAGGAGAAUCGCUUGGUAAGGACACUGGAACUACCUACUGAGCCAGAAUGCCUAGCCUUCAUUGGCCAGAAAGAAGACCUGCUACUGGGCAUCAGAGGAGACCUAUACUUUAUCAACUUCUCCCAGAUACUGCCCCAGGACCUUCCACUUCAGCCACUGUGUCAUGAGAGAUUUGACCCAGUUCCUGAUCUGCCAAUACCCUGUAAGUCUUCAGGUACAUCCAAACGGAGGCCUGAGUGUUCCUCUCUGUCUGACCAAGACAAGGAGGACUUGAAAGUAGACCCAGAGCUGGUGGCUCUGCAGGCGCGAAAUAGAGAUUUGGAGGCUCUCCAGCAGGGGGAGCUGGAGAUCAAGCGCAAGAAAAAGAAGUGCUCUAAAACCCUUAGAAAGCACAUCAAGAAGGAGGCGUUCGACCGCUAUAUGAAACUCAUGUACAAAGAGCCUGUCAAGAUUGAGAUUCCAGAGGUGGACACAUUUGAUCUAAACUUCACCAUGUUUCCCCCCAAACCACGCGAGGAACGUCCUGUAACUCCACCAACCUUUAGUGAGGGUUUCUUUCCAAACCAUCGUGAGGCAAAGAAUCAAACAAGCAAGAAAGCCCAACCAGACCAGGAAAGAGACAAAAUAUCUGCCCAAGCACCCUACAGGAAUAGGGGCUUCAUUCCCAACUCCGUGUUGGUAGAGCAGCUGUGGCCUGGAGUGGUGGUCGAAAAUGUUCUACCCUCCCCUCCGAGUGAAAAAAAAAAGCUCCGGGAAUGGGACAUGUCCUCCGAGACAAGGUUAUGGGAAUCGGAAGAAGAGGCUGAAGAGUCUGAGGAAGAGGAGUGUGUGCUGUUCUUGGACUCACUUGAGCCAAAGAGAAUACCAGAGAGCCCACAACUAGAAACUCCUUCUCCAGAAGUUGUUGUGGAAGAGGUCAUCGAAAAACCUAAGACUCGAAAUACCCUGCCUCCUGUAAAAGACAUAAAACCUCGACCACGGAAAAUUGCUGCUCCUCGAACACAAACACCACCUCGUGAGCGUACUCCAUCACCAACUAUCCCAGAGUUCCUCAUACAGUUCCUUGAGGAAGUCUGGUUCAAGAACAUAUUUCCAGACAUCAAGGGUAUUCCUGCGUCACUACGUCCUGAUGAUUUUGCCAGGCAACUGCUAGAGUUCUUGAAGAGUGAUGAUGCCUCGGUUAAGAUGGGCAUCAUGACUGCACUGCUGACCCUGUGCAAGCAGGGGGCACUGGAGAACGCUGGUCUCGUCUUCAAGGGCCUGGUGGCCUGUGUGAGCCAAAGCAUCACACUCAACAUGUCUGAGGCAGCACAUCGCUUUGCACACGAGCUGCUGAACAUGCUGGUGUGCUUGUGCCCUGGUGACAGUGCUUUCAUGGUGGAGCUGCUCGUCCUCAUGGCUUUCAAACAGCUGGAGUUCCAGAAGACCGUAUUGUCCCUGCUGCAUAAGAUGGGACUAAAGGGAGAUGACACAAAACUGACUGGGGAGCUUAAUUCCUGGCAAAAAACUAUACUGGGCCAGUCUGACAUUUGGCAAGGUCUGAGAAAAAUGGCUGCUGAUUGGCUCGACCACUGGACUGCCAAAUAUAAGGAGCAGAACAUGGACUUGUCUCUGCUAUGUGCUGGUGUUCCACCAGUGGACGUGCUCAACUACUACUGCUCUCUGCCAGAGGUCGUAGAGGCAGAGGUUCCACACAUCGAGGUUGACAUAAAGAAAGACUCAGUGCUGAUGCCAUCUUUGCUUCCAAAGUCCAGAGCGAUAUACCGACUCGGAGAGACAUAUAGCAUGUCCAGGACACGUGAGCCACGAGGCAUCGUGCUCCCUCCACUGACUUACCGACCCCUACUGUUGGGCUUCACGCGCUUCCUGAAACUGCCCCUGGCUCAGGUCUUCCUGGACCCGUUCCCCUUUGCUCCAGACCCUCACUGCCUGAAGCCUUCAGCCCAACGCUUCUUCAUGGUGGAGCAGUCGUAUGUCAGCUAUUACAGAUAAGCCCCUGUGCCAGUCCUCCACUGGAGCUGGCUCUACGUGGUGACAGUUUGUGGACGUUCCUGGACAACGAUGGCCGCAUUAAUUAAUCCUCUGA